AUGCGGCUGUGGUUAAUCAGCAGCUCUCAGAUGCUUUCCCUUCACUCCCUCCUCAAUCAAAACCAUCGCCCGCCAUUGUUAGCCACCAAGAAAAGCUCCGAUGUUUUGAAGACAAAGAAAGCUCACCCAUUUCCUUCCCCUGCUUCUCGUCGCUGUAUUGUGUGUUCAAAGGAGACCGACUCACAGCAGUUCGAGGUCGACCCAGACAAGGCCAGGCAGGCCCUUCAAGAGCUCGACCAGCAGCUUCAAUCCUUCUCCAAAAAACGAGCCACCCCUCCCAAGAAGAAAGUUGUUGAAGGCACAAAGCUUCCAAGAGAUCAAAUGAGAGGAGAAAUGGCAGAACUUUCAGAGUCCUUUUUAGCAAACUCUGCUGUUGUUCUCUUCAUCUUCUCGAUUUUCUACAAUGUGCUGUUCUAUGCAGUCAUAAAGCCCUCCAUUGAUACUCCACUGCCAAGCUCAACCAGUUCUGAGACACAAGCCACUGAGCCACCAGUCUUGCAGCUGCUACCACCUUCAUCUUUGUUCAUAUCCCCCUCACUUCUUAGCUAA